AUGCACUUCACCAGCCUCUUCAUUGCCGCCGCUGGCGCCUCAGUCGCCGCUGCCCAGGACUACGCUCCUCCUGCUGCUCCUCCUCUGGACACCACAACUCUCACCUCGACUACGACUCGGGUUAUCACUCUUACUCAGUGCAACCCUACCGUGACCGACUGCCCUCUGCGUACCACCACGUCAACUGAAGUUGUUCUCACCACCUCGACUGCUGCGCCUGAGGAGCCCACAACUACUUCUGUCUACGUUCCUCCUACCACCAGCAUCUACGUUCCUCCUACCACCAGCAUCUAUGUUCCUCCUACCACCAGCAUCUACGAGCCUGUCGUCAACACCACCAGCCACUACGUGGCUCCUACCAUCAUCAGCACCACCAAGAAGGCUCCUUCUGCCAAGACCACCUUUUACCCUGCUGGUAACACCACCACCAAGGCUGGCCCUACCGCUCCCGGCUCUCACCCUACCAAGCUUCCUGUUCCUGUUCCUGGCAGCAGUAACACCGAUGUGCCCGGCAGCCCUGGAAAGCCUGGCUAUGAGGCCCCCAGCCCCUCAACCGUGCCUACCGCCGGUGCCAGCGGCCUCAUUGUCUCUUCAGGCUUCCUUGGCGCUGCCAUGGUUGCUGCCAUGGUUGCUCUUUUCUAG